UAGGGCACACUGUUUGUAUUUCUACAUUUGUUUUCCAUGAGACUCUGGAGCAUGAAUGUCUAUCAGAUGACAAGCUUUGACUGAAUUCCAGUCUGAUUGGUUCCGCGUCACUUCAGAAACCAGCUGGGCCAAAAGUGGCUGCUUAAUCGCCCAGUAUCCACGUUAGCUCCUCCUCCCAGAGCAGAAAACACCCACCCACAGUCAGCUGUUCCCUCAGUCGGGACUUCCCCGUCAGUGCUGCGGAUCCGCGCUGCUUUGGCAUUUCUUUGUAUUUUCAUAUUCGGAGAUUUUUUUUUUUUUUUAGAUAUAUUUGGAAUAUACUAAAGGCUCUCCAAUGGAACAAGACGAGCAGGUGAAACAUCUGCGUCCCACCACGGACUAUGGAGAGAGGUUCAGGCUCACUCUGACCACUCACAAGUCCUUUUUGGAACAAAGAUGGCGACGUCAAAUGUCAUUUCGACGCAUAGGACGUAAGGGGUGGAGCCCUGCGUGUCCCACACUGGAACGUACGGUCCCUUGUGACAUGCUGUUCUGUCAUACCGGUGCCCAGGUGGAAUUUCAUGCUCCAUCGACGGAUCUAAUGCUAAGGAAGUAUGGCUGUGAUGCCUUUGGUUCCCGCUGCACUCCUCUCGACUAUGGUUUUGGUCCCUGCGUUUAAAGAUAAACAUCACAGCUGGACAGAACGUCACUCUGCCUUGUCAAGCUCCAAACAACAACAAAAUCAUCAUAGUUAUGGAGUGGAGCAGACCUGAUCUGCAAGCGGAAUAUGUCCUUUGUUAUCGCGAUGAGCAAUUUGAUCUAGAAUACCAGCAUCCAUCUUUUAAGAACCGGGUGGACUUGCAGGACAGACAGAUGAAGGAUGGAGACGUGUCUGUGAUUCUGUACAAUGUGACGACUGCUGAUGCUGGAACAUAUGAGUGUCGUGUCAUCCAGAAAGAAACAAGCCGCAGGAAGAGAGCUCAUCUGGAUGGCAACCCCAUCAGCAUCAUCUACCUGAGUGUUGUUGAUCCUCCAGACAUAAACACCACAGCUGGACAGAACGUUAUUCUGACAUGUCGAGCUCCAAACUACAAUAUUAUAGUUGCAGAUUGGAGCAGAGCUGACCUGGGAUCAGAAUAUGUUCUUUUGUACCGGGAUGGACGUUUUGAUCCAGAAAACCAACAUCUAUCUUUUAAUGGUCGAGUGGAUCUGCAGGACAGACAGAUGAAGGAUGGAGACGUGUCUCUGAUUCUGAAGGAUGUGACGAUUAAUGACACUGGAACAUAUGAGUGUCGUGUUGCGAACAGAAGAACAAACCGUGGGAAAAGAGCUGUUUUGAAGAGCAACCCCAUCAGCAUCAUCUACCUGAGUGUUGUGGAUCCUCCAGGUCAGACAGGAGGAGACACAGAGGAUGGAGGGAAGGAGGAUGGAGGGAAGGAGGAUGGAGGACAUGGAGAGGAUGCAUCUGUUGGAUUGAAACUUGGCCUGUCAUUUUCUGCUUCGCUUGCUGCUGUUGCUGUUUUGUUUUUUAAUCUACAGAAGUUUUAAACAACAGAGUCGAGAUUCACAUCGUCCUUCUUCUGUACCGCUGUGUCUGAGAUCUUUCUACGGCCAAAGUCUGAAUCUCCUGUUUCUGAACACAGAGACAGAAAUCAAGUAAAAACAGACAACAAACUCUACUGGCUGUCAUACACGACACCCGUUUCAUCAGCACUGAGAGAGAGCAGCAGAACAUUUGGAGGCUGUUAAAUCUGUAUUUGAGUUUUGUUUUUAAAAACUGAGCAAACAGAAACAGGCCUUAAAGUUAUCGUAUUACUGAGGAGAAAGGGGGUGUGCUGCCACCUGUUGGUUGUAGUUUUUUUUACCGAUAGUCAC